AUGAACCCAGAAGAUAAAAUAGCCCUGAAUCCAAAUUUAAUACCUUUGAACCUAGAAGAUGAAAUACCUUUAAACUCAAAUAUAACACAUUUGAACCUAGAAGAUGGAACUCUGAACUCAAAUAAUGAAGCUAUAAACCUUUGUGUUAGUUGUGUUUUUGAAUCAUGGAAAAGUGUUGACACUAUUAUGAAAGCUUACGUCCUUACUACUUUGAAUAAUUCGUAUAAUCACAUGCUAUUUUCUAAUACUGAAGAGUACUCAACAAAAUAUCGGUAUGUCUUUGAUGAUGACGUUCUCAAAGAAAUCCAAUUCCUUACAGAACAUGGAAAUCUAUACAUUACUACUCAAUGA